AUAUUAUGUGAAUCUUUGUGCUGUUUGUUCUUUAUAUCUGCAUAUUUGAAGUUAUUCUUCACUAAUUCGCAAAAGGGGCGAGACUGCGUUUUAAUCCGAGUGCACCUGCAAUUUCAACUCGCAAGAACUUGGAUUGGAAGGUUUCAACCGCGGCGACGAAACCUCAAAUGUCCCCAAUACUUCAUGUUGUCUUAGUCAGAAGUCACACCAGACCCAUUCCAGUCAAAUUUCAAAUAAUUAAAAUAGUCAGAAACUCAUGAGAAUGGUUCCUCCCAUUGGCUUUUAAUAAGCCUGCAGUUGACGAUCACAUUAUUCAUUUUACUUUUGCCAUGGUUUCCUCAAGAUUAAUCAGAUUAUUGUUCCUUUGUACACAAAUUUUGUUACUCAUCAUCAACGUUAAUUUCACUGAAGCCCAGCUUGAACCCCCUGGACUUUCAGCAUUCCAGUGUUCUAACGGCAAAGGUAACUACACCACUGGCAGCACCUAUCAAACAAACCUCAAAAGCCUCCUCUCCACCUUAUUCGAUGCCAACAACAACAACGGCUACGGCUUUUACAAUUCCUCCCUUGGCGUAAACAACGACAGAGUUUAUGCAAUCGGGCUCUGUCGAGGAGAUAUUCCAAAGGAAGCUUGCGGUAGCUGCCUUACUGACACUGCAAAAGGUCUCAUGAAUAAUUGUACCAACCAGAAGGAGGCAAUUGAAUGGUUAGACAAUUGUAUGUUACGCUACUCAAACCGCUCCAUAUAUGGCAGAAAGGAAAUUAGUCCGGCUUACUACGCUUGGAAUCCAUCAAAUGUAUCCACGGGCUUGGAUGCGUUCAAUCAAGAGGUCUCUACCUUACUUAAUGGACUACGACAAAAAGCAGCAACGGGUGGUGAUCUUCGUAAAUUUGCAACAGCAAACACAAGCAUUCCAAGUUCUAAUCUAAAAAUAUAUGGACUUGUUCAGUGCACCCCAGAAUUAUCCGAGCAAAGUUGUAUUGAUUGCUUAAAUUAUGCUUUCAGAGUGUUUGAAUCAUGUUGUAGUGCAUCAAUUGGUAUGAGAAUUAUGACACCAAGCUGUGGCGUAAGGUACGAAAAUUACACCUUUUUUGACGUUACAACCGAGACACCAUUACCUACACCACCGGCCGAUACUGCGAUUCCGGGAGGAAAGAAGAGUAAUACCUCUCGGACUGUCAUCAUUACGGUUGUCACAGUUGUUUCCGUGGUACUAAUUAUAUCGAUCUGCAUUUAUCUGAGAGUGAAGAAGAUGAAGGGAAAACUUGGAGAAGCAGAUGAAAUUCUUAAUACAGAAGCCUUGCAGUUCGACCUUGCCUCCAUAAGAACGGCUACAAAUAACUUUUCUGAAGCCAACAAGCUUGGACGAGGUGGAUUUGGUACUGUUUACAGGGGUAGGCUUUUGAACCAAGAAGAUAUAGCGGUUAAAAGGCUUUCUAGAGAUUCUGCACAAGGAGAUAUAGAAUUUAAAAAUGAGGUCACAUUAGUAGCCAAACUUCAACACCGCAAUUUAGUAAGGCUUCUUGGUUUCUGCUUGGAAGGAAACGAAAGGGUUCUUAUCUAUGAGUUUGUCCCUAAUGCAAGCCUCGAUCAUUUCAUAUUUGAUCCAAUCAAGCGCGAACAUUUGGACUGGGAUAGUCGCUACAAGAUCAUAUUAGGAAUUGGGCGAGGACUCCUUUACCUUCAUGAAGAUUCUCGUCUUAGAAUAAUUCAUCGUGAUAUGAAAGCAAGUAACAUUUUGUUAGAUGCAGAAAUGCUACCCAAAAUUGCAGAUUUUGGCAUGGCAAGACUGUUUGAUCUUGAUCAAACACAAGGUGAUACCAGUCGAGUUGUAGGGACUUAUGGUUACAUGGCACCUGAGUAUGUAAUGCGCGGACACUUUUCUGUUAAGUCGGACGUGUAUAGCUUCGGUGUGUUAGUUUUGGAGAUAAUUACUGGACAGAAAAAUAGUUCUUUCCGUCACGGUGGGAACGUGGAGGACCUUCUAAGCUAUGCAUGGAAAAGUUGGAAGGAGGACACAGCUUCAAAUUUAAUAGAUCCCUUGUUGAAGAGUGGUUCAAUACCAGAAAUAAUGAGAUGCGUCCACAUAGGAUUAUUAUGUGUGCAACAAAAUAUAGCUGAUAGGCCAACCAUGGCUGCAGUUAUUCUCAUGCUUACUACCAACUCUCUUGAUCUUCCAGUACCCUCACAACCAGCAUUUUUUAUGGAUGGUGGCAUUGAAUCCUCCUCUGACACGUCUUUGGGAUGGAAGGAUAAUUCUGGUGUGACAAGGUUAGGUCUAUCUAAAAGUAGCUCUGUAAAAUACCUGCUGCAUGGAUAGCUUCGAUUUCAAGUCACAACCUCACUAGUUGACCGAUGAUGCAAUGAGAUGUUUGUUGUUUUGUAACAGUUUUGGUCCGUUCUUUUUUAUGUGAUUCAUUGUUUAGGUAUACAGGUUCUGAUUAAUCUCAAGUUAUUGGGAACAAUUGGCCUUUCUUUUUUAUUUUCUUUUUUCUGUUAUUCUAGCGUUAGUCGACGUUGAAUUAAAGCUUAUUGUUAACUAUGCCUGUUGAAAUUCAAUUUUGAUCUUACUUUGUGACUGUUACUCAAAAGUCAUAACUCUAUUGGAUUAAAUUCAAAAUUCGUUCCACUUUAACUUGUGGACUCUCUAUUAUCACUGAAACUCAAAAGUUGCCCAAUAAAUCAUAUGCAGGAUC